GCCCGGCUCGCCCGAGCUCGCCGCACCCGCCAUCCCCCAGCCGCAGGACCCUGGCGAGCGCCACUCUGCUGGGCUGCUCCCCUGGCCUCGGGUUGCCUGGCUGUGGCGGACUUCCACGACGCGCACACGUCUCUCGUUUUUAAAAAUCUCACCAAAGAAAUAGAUUAGGCUUCAAGCUGGCGGGAACGAUGGGUCACAUAAAGAAAGGCGAGCUGACCCAGGAAGAAAAGGAGCUUCUGGAAGUGAUCGGGAAAGGUACCGUCCAAGAAGCUGGAACACUGUUAUCUAGUAAGAAUGUUCAUGUCAACUGUUUGGAUGAGAAUGGUAUGACUCCUUUAAUGCAUGCAGCGUAUAAAGGAAAACUUGAUAUGUGCAAGUUACUUCUGCGCCAUGGAGCCGACGUCAAUUGCCAUCAGCACGAGCAUGGAUACACAGCCCUCAUGUUUGCGGCACUUUCUGGCAAUAAAGACAUCACGUGGGCGAUGUUGGAGGCAGGUGCAGAGACGGACGUUGUGAAUUCGGUGGGAAGAACAGCCGCCCAGAUGGCAGCCUUUGUGGGUCAGCAUGAUUGUGUGGCUAUAAUCAACAAUUUCUUCCCUCGAGAGAGACUGGAUUAUUACACUAAACCCCAGGGAUUGGAUAAAGAGCCAAAACUGCCUCCGAAGUUGGCGGGACCCCUGCACAAAAUCAUCACCACAACGAAUCUCCACCCCGUCAAGGUUGUGAUGCUCGUGAGUGAGAACCCUCUUCUGGCGGAAGCAGCCGCUCUCGGCAAAUGCUACAGGGUGAUGGAUUUGAUCUGCGAGAAGUGCAUGAAGCAGAGAGACAUGAAUGAAGUGCUGGCUGUGAAAAUGCACUACCUCAGCUGCAUCUUUCAGAAAUGCAUUUCCUUCCUCAAGGAAGGCGAGAACAAGCUGGACACCCUGAUCAAAAGCUUGUUGAAAGGCCGAGCGUCUGACGGCUUCCCAGUGUACCAGGAAAAGUUCAUCAGGGAAAGCAUCAGGAAAUUUCCGUACUGUGAAGCCACCCUCCUCCAGCAGCUGGUGCGAACCAUUGCUCCAGUGGAAAUCGGAUCGGAUCCAACUGCAUUCUCUGUGCUUACCCAAGCCAUCACAGGACAAGUGGGGUUUGUGGAUGUUGAGUUUUGCACCACCUGUGGAGAAAAAGGAGCAAGUAAAAGAUGCUCGGUUUGCAAAAUGGUAAUAUAUUGUGACCAGACCUGCCAGAAGACACACUGGUUUGCACAUAAGAAGAUGUGUAAGAGUCUGAAAGACGUUUAUGAGAAGCAACAGUCUGAAGCUGCCAAACAUAUGAGCCAGGAGGAAAAGAAUGGAAAGCUUGAUGCCAACUCUAACCAUGUUAAUGGAGGUCAACCAGAGCCUAAAGUGGGCAUCUCCCAAGAAACUUCCACUCCUGCUGAUUCUGUGGAAGGAGAGCGCGAGCCUGGAGGUGAAACUGGGCUGGCCAGCACACAGGAUGCUCCCGCAGGGCCACAGCUGUCCGAGGAGUAAAAGCUGUCAACAGCGGCCAGCAUGGGCAUCCUUCGCCCAGCAGAUAGCUGCAGGACUCACGUGAAUGUAUCUCCAUUUGCACAGUGGCAGGGUUGCACAUCCCUAGAGUAGGGGCUCUCAAGCAAGGCCCCCCCAACACCUUGAUUUCCUGUUCAUUUCUUGUCUGUAGUUAAACGGGCAUGCCUGCGGAAAAUGGUUUUGUUCAAAACACACACACACACACACACACACACACACACACGCAAAACCGUGUCUGUUCCCUUUAUGGCUCCCCAGUGAUUGUACACAAAGGAAAAUAAACUCCCCUUAAGAAGAGAUCUAGGUUCUAGGGAACAAAGAACAGGGAACAUGUGAAUGAGAAGUGACCUUUAGAGAAAAAUAAUCACAGGCACAGAAACGGGCCGUCGGAGAAGGCAAGACUUACCUGCAAAUAAAGUACAUCUGAGUACUUGCUUUCUGUCCUGCAGUUGAGCAUACGAGCUGUAAUGAGGAACACUCGAUGUUCAGAGACCGUUGCCGUUGUUUAGCCUGCUGCUCUUCAAAUGGAAAUCAUCCAGAGCACUUAGAACCUGCCUGUCUUGCUGCAUUGACCAUUCAGAAAGGUUGGGUCAAGCACUGGGGAGUCACCGUACACACACUUCCUGUAAAACCACCUCGCGCACCGCACCGCACUCUCUCCAAAAGCUCAACUUUCAUCUCCCUACCAGCUUUUCAGAAGCCUCGUCCUGUCCAGAAACUGACUUACAGCCGCCAUCUAAAGAAUGUCCCGUUCUGCAUUUUAGCGUGUGUGACGUGUAGGCAAGCUGGAGUGUCAUGUCUGACUAAGGUGCUGUCUUUCAGCUUCCUGUUAAAUAAAUCUACCCACGUGCACAGGUCA